UUUCGAGAAGCCUAAGCGUUGGUUCAUGGAGGAUAAAACUGGAAGAGAUGAAGAGAAAACAUAUCCAGAAUAUAGAAGGUCAAAAGGACGAAGGCGACCAAAGUGGGAGGAAGAACAGGGGACAUUAAUGGACAGGAAGGAAGAGAGUUUCGAGAAGCAUCUGCGUCGGUUCAUGGAGGAUACAAGCCAGAGAAAAGAAGAGGAAACAUAUCCAGAAUAUAGAAGGUCAAAAACUAGUAUUCAAAGGCGCCCAGAUUGGAGGAAAGAACAGGGGACAUUAAUGAACAGGAAGGAAGAGGUAAACUACACAAGUUACUUCGUUUUGCGAUUUAAAUGAAUUUUCAUUCACCAUGUCCGGUUUUCAGAGGAUUCCUGUUUUCAGAGGAUUGUGCACAA